AUGGAAUACAACUAUCAUGCCGCAACAGUAUGGUCAGCAUAUGAAUCAGAUUCAUCAAACUCUACUGCUCCAUUACUUCUCGUUCCAUAUGAUAUGAGAAUGAGUUCAAUGGAUACAAGUUGUGGUAAUAAUUUGGAAAAUUUGAAUGAGGAAGAUGGAAUGAUUGGUGUAUGCACUGGAGAAUUGAGUGAAAGUGAAGAAUUUCCUUUCAUUCAAUUGAUUUUUAGAGAUUCUGUCAGAAUUGAAAGAAUGAUUAUUGGAGCUUGUUCUCUUGAUGUUUGGGGAAAUGAAUAUUUGCAAGGUUGUCAAGUUCAAUAUCUUACAAAGGGCAAUGAAUGGCAACAUUUGGCAAUUAUUUCAUUGGAUGGUGACAAUCCAGAUUGUGAAAUUAUUCUCAAAUCACCAAUUGAAACAAACUCAAUUCGUGUCAAGACAGAUUCUGAAUAUAUUGGAUUAGGAAAGUGGAAAUGUUUUGGACAAGUAGUUGGUAAUGUAACGAGAGGUUUAGAUAUAGAAAAGUUUCCACUCGAUCAAAGUGGAACAUCUUUUAUUGACAUGAUUUCAAUUCCAUAUAGAGUCAAGAUGAGCUCCAAGUUUGCAAAUACUGAGAAUACCUUUGCUUCACUCGUGGAUGCUUCUGAUUUAUCAGUUGGUGCUGCUACAAAUAAUGAUAUCAAUAGCUAUAUUGAAGCAGUGUUUUUGACACCUGCUCAACCUAUUACUCAUAUUGCAAUCAAUUCACUUACAAAGAAGGAUUGGGGUGUCAAGUAUUCCCAUAACCUUUUACUUGAAUAUUCUGAUAAUGGAGUUGAUUGGAAGGUACUUCAAAAGUUGACUGAUGUGCAUGAUAAAUCGGCUCCUAUUUCACUUGCACAGGCAGUUGUUUCAACUCAUUGGAGAGUAAGGAGAGUUGAAGAAGGUUAUGUAGCUUUGGGGUUGUUUAAAUUCUACACAUACCAUCACAUGUAUAAUGAAUCGGUUGCUCCAAGUCAACCAACAAUUUCCAAACCACUCACCUAUACUAUUACCAUGUCAGAUGCCGAUGAAUCGUUAACAAAUACUUAUCAGUCAUUACAAGACCCUUCUGGAAAAUCUAGUGGAGCAGGCACUCUUGCUUCAAAUAGUCCAUUCAUUCAAAUCUCGUUUGAUAGAGUGUACAAGUUGGUUUCAUUGGAUAUUAGACCAAUCAGAAAGCCAGAUUGGGGCACAGCCUACUUGUCACCAUGUUGUAUCAAGUACUCUGAGAAUGGUACUAAAUGGUUUGAUUCUGUAUCUUUGAGUAAUAUCAGUCAAGAGUUGACCACCAUUGUAUUGGAUAAUAUAUCUGCAAAGCAUUUGAGAAUUGUUAAGGAACCUAAUGAAGAGGAAGAAGAAGAAGAGAGCUAUAUUGGAGUUGGUUCUUUAAUUGUUCGUGGUUUUUAA